UCCCAGAAAUCGUUCACUUGCCCCGAAUGCGGAAAGGUGUUUAAUGCCCACUAUAAUCUUACCCGUCACAUGCCCGUCCACACGGGGGCCAGGCCGUUCGUUUGCAAAGUUUGCGGGAAAGGAUUCAGACAAGCCAGUACGUUGUGCAGGCAUAAGAUUAUCCACACGUCCGAAAAACCGCACAAGUGUGGCACGUGCGGUAAGGCGUUCAACCGCAGCUCCACGCUCAACACCCACAUGCGGAUCCACCAGGGCUACAAGCCGUACGUGUGUGAAUUCUGCGGGAAGGGCUUCCACCAGAAAGGCAACUACAAGAACCACAAACUGACACACAGUGCAGAAAAACAGUAUAAGUGCAGCGUCUGCUCCAAGGCCUUUCACCAGAUUUACAACCUCACCUUCCACAUGCACACGCACAACGAUAAAAAGCCCUAUACUUGCCACGUAUGCGGGAAAGGCUUCUGCCGGAACUUCGACCUGAAGAAGCACAUGAGGAAGCUCCACGACGGCGCGCAGAUGAGCAGUUCCGGAAGCACGUCGGACCCACACAGCCCCCAGCCGAGCCUCAACCAGCCUUCCCACCAGAACCUUGCGUCGUCGCACGGACAUAUGUUUCCUGUUCAAGGGGGCUUCGGGCCGACAGCUUUCCUGGCGAGGCCGCCCUUGUUCAAUCAUCAAGCUCUAGCCUGCCAGAGGCGUCUCCUUUCACCUUAUAUGGUGGGACCAAACGCCGCAAGCCUCUUGCACAAGAUCUCUUCAAUGAUUUAAUCUGUCCAAAGUC